UUGAGGAAAGAAGGAGCAGUAAAAUGGCGAAUCUUUAAAACUAUAAUGGUAGAUACGUUUUAAUAUUAUAAAAAACAACAAACGUGUGACAAUUUGGGGAUCUAAAUAAUUAGCUAUUCUACAAGUCGCAACUCGAUUGGCGUUGGCGUCUGGUCAUUCCCAAACCGAUUUAUGGUAAAACAAAUAUUUAAAAAACUGCGUAAACAAAGAUUGUUUCGCUAGCUUGAGCCAAGUAACGUAGCUCGCUAGCAAGCUAGCUAACGUUAGCAAAUGUUGUAUCUGAAGUUAGCAUUAGCCAGUUCAUGUUCAACCAGCUGAGAAAUUAGCGAACUUCGUGGCAACUAUCUACUUGGUGUACAUGGAGCAAGUGUCCGGUUCCAGCUAUGGCUUUGCAUAACUUAGUUUUUGUCAUUGAUGUGGAUUAUCGGCCAUCAGGACACGUCAAUGUCAAAAACCAUCCACUGAAGCAGGGCAUUCUCCGAAUUCUGCUUCAUUUCGGAUAUAAGUAUGGGUUCGAGAAGGUGCGAUGGGGUUACAAAUUCUGUCAAUCGAGAACUGGACGCAACGCUAACCUGAUAUCCAGGGGGUCUGAUUUUAAAGAACUACGAGACAAAACAUUUGAAGACUUCGAGGUGGAGUUUCAAUUAAAGUUCGAUGCAAGAGAGAAGACAAUCUCGGCUCAGCCAAGGAAUCAACCCACCAGCCCUGCUGCUUCCAUACAGAACGCAUUGAAAGAAGCUCUGUUGGACUUCCAAUGGGACAGACCAGAUAUCACCUCUCCCACCAAAUUGGCAUUGAGACCCAGGAGAGGUCGAGCUGGUAAAGGAGGCCCUCCUCCACCAGAGGAUGAAUUGUCAAGCUCGGGGAGAAAUGUGUUAUUCCUCUUGUCAAGCUGUCCUCACUCCAGGGCAGAUUUAGGAGAAUAUGUGUCCCUCACUGGAAUCCCUGCCGGUGCCAGUCACACAGAUGUUUCCGACCGUAUCCUACCCAAGGGACUCCAUGAAAUGUUGGUCCAACGUCAAGUUGUCCUUCACUGGGUGGACAGCACUUCAUAUGUCCAGGUUAUGAGAAGUGAGGAGCACUGGGGCUCAGAGAGGCUUUCUGAGGUGUUGAGGGAGCUGGGUGGUAGAGUGGUCCCCAUGGACGCCCUGCUAAACCUGUGCUGUCCUCACAAGCCCCCCAGUGUUCAGUCCCCACUGGACUCUGGAAUCGGCUCCCCUCCAGAUGCCAUUUUGGGGAGGGAGGCCUUUCCACUCGACUCCAGCAUGGGAUACCUGUUGUCCUCAGAACGACUGUACCGCCUAGCUUUUCCUGUCCUGGAGGGAGUCCUGAGAUGGGGGCAAGGUGAUGCUCCACAGAGCUGCGGUGUGAUGUUGGAGCCGGUGGCCCUCAGACAGAGGCUCCCCCCAGCCCCCGUGGAGGUGUGUCUGAAAGGGGUCCUUCAGGGCUGGGACGCUCACUCCCUCACAGAGGCAUCCUCCUCGGAGUCCUGGGUGCUGCAGUGUCCCAACAACAACCACACAGACCAGGGUGAAGCUGCCUUCCAACAGCUACUGAGGGAACUCUCUGCCCAGGCUCUUCACAUGUUUGCAGAGGUGAGUGACGGAGGAGACUUGCCGUGCUCUGCCUUCCUGUCUCCCCUCUCAGCCCUCACGGCUUUGCUCACCAUCCUCCGGCCCAGUGUCGCCUCCGGCGACCACACCCUGACCUUGGAUGUCAUCGCCCCAGCAGCGGCAGACACCUCCUCAGACCUGCCCGAGGUGGUCAGCAGCGUCCUGGGAAUGUUCUAUGACAUCAUGGAGGGAGAUGGAGCUCCUCGAACUGAGCCCCAGGUUCCUGACUGGGCACAGCAGGAGCUCAGCCAUUGGUCCAGCCCACUGACCACUGGGCUGGUGGAGGGCUGGUUCCCGCACGCUGACCAAUCAGGAGUCAGCUCCCACUUAAUGGAGUCAAUGAGGCUGCUCCAUGCGGUGCCAGAGGGCGAAACCGAGGGUCAGGAAGAGGAGCUGUCAGACCCCCAGCAGGACUUUGUCAGCAGCCUGUCAGAACUCUACCAGAGAAUGACCUCCCAGUCCCACAGCGACAAGACGGGGAAGAAACGUGGCGCCCAGCGCACGCCGGUGAGGCAGAAGAUGAAGACGAUGAGCCGCUCACUGCAGAUGCUGAACGUGGCCCGUCUGAAUGUCAAGGCCCAGAAAAGCCAGGCUGUGGAGACAGAGGGGGGGGCGCCGGGGGCCGAGGGCUGCAGGGGACAGGAGAGGCUGGGGAAGAGACGCUCAGGAGACAGGGCCAAGACUGGACACAACGCCCAACACUUCAAGAGCGAGGCCGAGCUGCUGUCCCACCUGAAGGCCGGCUAUGAGAAGACUGUGGCUGAGAGAGACUCCUCCCUCCUCACUGAGGCCCAACACCUCCUCUCUGCUGUCAAGAUGUUCCUGAGGCCCAACCCAGACCUGGGGGUGCAGGUCUGGCUCUUCGUCCAACAGAACCUGCUCAAGUCCAGCAAGUCCAUCCGCCAGCUUUACAGCAACGCUCCUGACGCCGACAGCAAAGUUCGAGAGUGCCAGCUGCAGGCGGUGCUCAGGUUCGAGAUGUGCCGACUCCUCCCCUCUGAGCAGCAGGCCGACACACCGGAUGUGGAGCAGAUGGUGGAGGAGGUGGCUGAUAUGCUGAGGAUCAUCUCUCUAACCAAAGACCCGGUGUACCUGGCCAAGUUCCUGCAAGAUGAGGUCCUCCCCGUGUUCCUGACGACCAUCCCGAGGGUCCUAGCAGACGUCUACCACAGCCUGGGAACCCAGCUGCCCGCCGCCCUGUCAGCCGUGCUGCCUUCGGACUUCUUCAGCGACGAGUCCGUGACCAAGGACAGCGUUUCUCCCUCCUCCUCCUCCCCUCCCCUCUCCACGGCCCUCAGCAUGGCCUCCGACUGCGGGGAGCGACUACAGGAGCUACGCGACCGCUCCGCCAGCAAGAGGAGGAGUGGGAGGCUGACUCGCCAUCGCAGCAUGACUGAAGCAUCCCAGAGUCUACAGAUAGAGAUGCCCAGGAAGUCCACCAGAGCGGCCAAGCCAAAGCUCUGUGUUUCUGUGGAGAAAACAGCCGCUGAACCGCCCCCACCCCCAAAGCAGGCUGCACAAGAGGUCACAAAGGUCCGGAGGAACUUGUUCAACCAGGAGACUAUUUCCCCUUCCAAGAAGGCCAAGAUGCCCAGGAGUCGGUCUGUCUCGGCCGUGGAGGGACUGAAGCGAAAACGCUCCCAGACGACAGGUGGUGGUGAUCGGCAUUCCCUCCUGACCAAAAAGGUGAUGGAGACGCCCCUUCAUAAGCAGGUGUCCAACCGCCUGCUGCACAGGCAACAGAUGGGCAGGAGGUCUGUCCCGACGGAGGAGUGCAUCGUUGAGGAGUCGCCAGAGAAGCCUCCAGAAGACUUGAGGAGGAGUCCAAGGUUGAAGAAUUUUGCCAGGAGACAUUCCAGCUUCUACUCAAGCUCCCAGCCUCGCUCCCGCAACCUGGACAGAGCUCUCUCCUCCUCUCAGCUCCCGCUCAGCAACAGCAAAAUAGGUGCGGUAAGCCUGCGGUCAGUACGGUCUCCAGUACGUCUUCUGUUUGAAGCCACACAGUCCAGUUCCAGCUGGAGGCAGCUGUCUGACUCUGAUGUCUUCCAGAGUCCAAAGAAAACUCCUACAAAGUCGCCUGGUAGGUCUGCUAGAGGGAGCAGGACAUCCAGAAGCCCUCAGACCCCCAGAACACCUAAGACCCACAGGUCCUCCAGGGUCCAGAGUUACUCGGUCACAGACAGCCAGAUGGCAGGGCCCUCUCACGGGCAGGGCGGCAUGGCCCUGAGGGGCAGCCCCUUCAGAUCCCCAGCCAGGAGGAGCCUGGUGCUGGAGACGCCCCAAAAGGUGAGCCCUCUGAAGGGCAUCCUGAGGACUCCGGUCAAGACAGUACUGGAGUGUCUGUCUCCCAUCGGCGCUCGCCAGCUCCAGAGCCCUCCCUGCUCCAGAACACCCAGGAAGCAUGUCACCUGGUCCCCGUCUCCACGGAAACCUAGAGUCGCGGAGACUAACACACCCUUCAAGGUGCCAGAGUCGCCUCGCCUUUCCACCCGACGCUCUCCAAAGCUGUUGAUGAACACACCUGAAAAGUUCUGCAGUCCGCUCAAGAGUCCCAGCAGCAAACAGGCAAUAUCUAAGACUCCAGAAAAAGUAGUACAGCGAUCGCUCAGAAUUUCCCCCGAGGCGUCUCUGUCCAGGAUUCAGGAAAAUUCUGCUGCAGGUGGCGUUGAGAUGACGCCAGAGAAAAGUGGACAUCAGAGGUCUUCCAAACGGCUUGUUAUGGGAAAGUUCAACACACCUGUUAAGGAUGAGCAGGACCUCCCUGAUGGUCCCCAGAAACGCCACUCUUCUGGUUCCACACCACCUCCUGACCACUUCUCCCCACCCACUCCCACCACCAGAACCCCCAGGAAAUCUAUGAGCCCUGGCCACCGCAUGCACACACCCUCUGGAGGAACUCCUGUUGAAGACUAUCUCUCCAUGCCUCCAGACCAAGGCAUGCCUACACCAACGAAAGGGACCUCCGUAUUGUCAAGGUCCAAAACGUCACCUAAGACUCCUGUCAAAACCCAACUGAAUAAAACGACAGUUGUCACCUCUUCAGCUAAACGUUUGACCAGGACUGGCUCUGGCCAGGGUGUGAAAGCUAAAACCAGGCAGAACCUGAGAUCCCUGUCAAAUGAGAGUUUAACUGUAGUAGCAGCCAGCACGGAUCUUACAAGUGAGGAAACCAGUGACAACGUGACCAGCGGAAAUGUGCCAUCAGACUUCCAGGAGAGGGAGCAGUCUUCCCAGUCCAACUCCCAGGCCUUGGGGGAAGAGAUGGAGGCCAGCUCCCAGCAGCUUGAAUCUUCCCAGUUCAGCACCACCACCAGUGAGGACGAGAGCAUCGACAUCUCCGAGGCCACCGUGGUCAAGACCCAAAUCACUGACGGCCUCAAGAUGCACAUAUCCUUCUCCAGGAAACCCUCAAAGUCCGGCGACCAAGUCUUAGAGUUUACCGGAGCCUCUGCCAAACAGCCAAUGCCCGCAGAAACCACUACACCUGGGAGAAGCUAUGGUUUCCGCCGGACCCCUGACCGCCAGCAGAGGGAGGCAGCAGCCCGUUGGGGGUACUCCACUGAACCAUCUCGGUUCUCCACCCCCAGGACUUCAGGAAUCCCCACAAGUCGCAAGAAGGAGCUCGUCAGCCCGAACCCCCUUGCAUACCAAGUGGAGCUGGAGAUGCAGGCGUCGGGGCUGCCCAAGCUCAAGUUAAAGCGCAUGGACUCCUUCAAUGCCGGGGAUGGGGCUGCAGGGUCUCAGACUCCCACUGUCAGUAUGAACCACCCCCACACGGACAGCCCUCUUGGCCUCUGCUCCAAACACAGAGACUCCGGUUGCGUCUCGCCAUCACUAUGCACCCACGGCACUCCCGCCAAGGGCACGCCGGGGAAAGGGGGCUUCCAGACGUACAUCUGCCAGUCCUACACCCCUACGCACCACCCCGCAGGGACCAUGUCCCCCCUGGGCACAGCAGAGCUCAUCCCCCUGACCCCGUCCCCCCAGAGCAUGGGAAGGUCCACCCCAGAGAGCCUCAACAGCUGGCCCCGAAAGAAGAGGGCUCGGCCUGGGGCGGUGGGGGGCAAGCAGCGGGGCUUGAAGGAGGAGCCCCUGCUAGAGGGGCUGGAGAUGUUGGACGAGACCGAGCUGGAGGGAGUCUACAGACUGAAGGAGACUGAGGAGACUGACGCCCUUCCAGCCAGCAUGGCACCACUGGCUCCCAGGUCCAGCCAGGUUACCAGGCCCUCCCCUGGUAAGAGAGCAGGCUCUCCUCUGGACCAGCUGGAGGACAUGGACUGGAUGGGACAGGUUCAGCAGGCUGAAGGUGCCGAGCCUCUAAAAGAUGAAGAUUCCGUCUGGGCCACUGGAACUGUUCACUCAUUGGUGACACCCCCAGCUCCAAGGUGAGGAAGCCAGUGUCUGCCAGUGGGAUUCUAGCCCUCACUCAGUCGCCCAUGUUAUUCAAGGGGAAGGCAAGUUCUGCCACCAAGAGAACC